CGAGACUAUCCACGCCAUGACUUUGACCACCUACGUAGGAUGAAGCACACGUCCUGCUCCUGCUACUACUUCCCGGCCGUAUAAAUGUACUGGCUCGGCCUCAUCAUCUCUCCCCAGCGCCAACCCUAGAAACCACCGCUCGCGGCAGCUCCAGGUCUCCAACCCCGAGGCGGUCGAGCGGUCUGACUUGUUCUUUAUUGGUCGCCAUGGCGUGGAGGCAGAAGAACGGCGGCGAGUCGUCGUUGUCGCCCGGCGCCUCGCCGUGCCGCGACAACGAGCGGGAGAAGGUCCCCAGAGGGCACGUCCCGAUGGUCACCGGCUGCGGCGCGCGCGUGGUGGUGCCGGUGAGGCUGCUCCGGGACCCGUGCAUCGCGGAGCUGCUCGACAUGGCGGCGCAGCAGUACGGCUACGGCCAGCCCGGCGUGCUGCGGAUCCCGUGCGACGCCGGGCAUUUCCGCCGGGUCGUCGACGGCGCGCUGCACAGAGCCGACUAGCCGCCCGGCGUCACUAGAGCAUGUGUGAAUACGUAUGCAGCAGUGCCAGUGUAGAAGAAUAUAUAAUUGGAUAUAUGAAGUCUAUUAUUUGAUUGUUCAGUUCUUUUGUACAUGAA